AGAACAACUAUUCUCUCUGGGAACGUAUCAAAAUUUGUCGAACUUGACAUAUGGAUCGAUGCUUAAAAUACUAAUUUACUUCAUCAACUUGUGAUCCCAUCCCUUACUUUAGGAACAUAUUGUCAGAAAAUAGAUAUAAUUGUCUGCAUGCUACACAUGGGCAUAUUUGCCAACGUGCACACAUCGUACGCAGCAGAAGGAUUUGCUGAAAGUCUUCGCCAAAGGAAUGGAUUUGUUUCCAAUACUUGGACUCUUAAUUGUGUUCAGCCUGACAGGAAUAAAAGUUGAAGGGGUUAUUAACGAUCCGUAUCAACUUGAGCUAGACGAUGCUUCGAAGCAAGCAAACGAGGAAGUUCUGUUAAAUGAUGAUAACAUCAAUGAACUUGACGAUGAAGCCACCGAUGCCCUUCUAAAGGAAAAGAUAGAUUCCAUGCUAAAACGUGAAGUUGCGGAAAACAUAUAUGAGCAGCAUGCUUCAUCGGGACAGGCGUCCGAUAGAACAGAGCUAGCACGACUUAAGCGAGGUUUAGGUGACUACGGCACGUGGUGUGGCGCAGAUAACACGCAAUUCGGAAAACCGGGCUGCAGUUGCGCCUUGGGGAUAGCCGCGUGUAGGAAAAAAUACCCACCAAUCGAUGCUUUAGACGAGGCUUGUUUGAAGCAUGACCAUUGUAUAGAAUGUGCGGCUACUUCCCCUGGGCCACUGCUCCACUGGUGCCGCUGCGAGGAGGGCAUCUACUACGGGGCCAAAGCUGCAACGUGUAGACUAUUCAAC